UUACUAGCUUUAGGAUAGUGAGUUGAAGUACCAGUUGCACCCAUCAACUUCCUUCUGUUUAGGUUUGGCCCGGCUAUACCUCAUAUCGGACGCCUGGCAUGUCCGGAGAAAGGCCGAAACUCGGAUGCUCCCUCCCUACUCGACAUGUUCAAUCGGCAUGGAAAAACAGCCAGGCGGCCCAGCACGGGAGUCAGGGCCGUAGAGGUAGUAGUAGGGACGGAUGCCUUCUCCGGGCGCACUCGUCUUUGUAAACAUAUACGAGCGCCGUCGUGGGAAUCCGCGCCGACUUCCGCGAAAACUACCAAACCGUCUAUCGACAGCCCAAGUCCAGUCAUCAGACUCCAGUGAGCUUGGUCAAACCAUAUUACGAUGUCUCUCAGCACAACAAAUCGUAUUCUCGGCCCAAACGCUGCACUCUUUGUUCGUGCGCACUCGACGUCUCCCUAUGGCCGGUCCCACAUUCGCAAGAAACAUCCGCGAUCACUACCUGCACCUGUUGUCCCCCACUUCCCGCAGCAAGUGAUACGCGCUGACGGAUCAACAUUCACACACUGGACCACCUCUCCGCGUUCGCGCAUCGUUCUCACACGAGACACUACGAACCACCCUCUUUGGAACGCCACAGAACGCCUGUGUGGAGGCUCUGCUGCGCUUACACAGGACGAGGAGGAUGAGGGUACUGGGCGUAUGGGCAGAUGGAGGAAGAGGUUCGGUGAUGACGUCGCCACUGACCAGUGGUCCGUACUGCAAGAAGGUGUCCAGUCAGUGGCGGAACCACCAGUCUCGAAGCAGCCUGCCGCUGCGAAAACGCCGAGGAAGAAAUAGUAAGUGGCGUUAAGCCUUCCGAAUGUUCUUUUGGACUGCUUAGCGGUGACCUUCGGUGCAUCUGAAUCCGUACUUGUAUGUAAAAUACAGUCAAUCUAAUAUGCCAAAUAAAAUGCAAAGUUCGGUACACCGCAUUCA